AUGGAAAACGAAGCUACCAGUAGUGGGGCAGUGGCUAACGCCGUCUCGCUCAAACUGCCAGACUUCUGGGAAACGGCUGCGGCAGCGUGGUUCGCUCACAUCAAAGCCCAGUUCGCUAUUAGGAACAUCACCGUGGUUGAGACCAAGUACUACUACGUCGUGGUAGCACUCGGGACAUCUACGGCGUCACGGAUAUUGGGCCUGCUGCAAGACCCUCCGUCGGUGGAUAAGUACGACACAAUUAAGAGACACUUGCUGCAGGCUUUUGAGCUAGCAGAGGUGGAGCAGGCAGACUGGUUGUUUUCACUCCAAGGCUUGGGGGACAGCUUUGCACAGUUAUCUGAUCAGCAGCAUGGCGAGCAGGAGAGGAGCCCCAGUCUAGCCAAGGAGGAACAACAGGAAGUCUGGAUCAGUCCACAGGAAGACCAACUUCCAUUGCAGGAGGUAGCUGAUACCGCUGAGACCAUAUUUACCCCUCUUUGUGAUGGAAAUGAUGAUGGUAAAGAUCAGCCUCCGCCCUCAGAAAUCUACCAAACCAAGACAGAGGGAGACACAGAGCCCCUAGCUGUCACCUCAUUUGAAGUGAUUCAACUGGAUGCCAAAGAAGACAACUUUUUAAAAUCAGAACCAACAAGUGACGACCAUACCCUCUCUGACUGCUGUCAUGUAACUAAGAGUGAAACUGACCAUACUAGCAGUCGCCAAAACUGUGAGGAAGCGGGUUCAACUCAGAAAGCAAGGCUGGAACCUCACAAAAUGCCCUACAACAAGUGCAAGAUUUGUGGGAAAGUGCUUUAUAAUUUGGAAAUUUUCAAAAUUCACAAGACAUUUCACACAGGGGAAAAGCCUUUCAAAUGCACCAGUUGUGGGAGAGAUUUUACCUGUAAGUACAACAUGGAAAGGCAUACAAGGACUCAUGCAGGGAAGAAGCCAUUAAGAUGCACCAUCUGCGGUAAAAUUUUUACCCAUAAGUCACAUUUACUAAGGCACGUAAGGACUCAUUCAGGGGAGAAGCCAUUCAGAUGCACCACGUGUGGGAAAAUGUUUACCCACAAGUCAAAUUUACAUAGGCAUGUAAGGACUCAUACAGGGGAGAAGCCAUUCAGAUGCACCACGUGCGGGAAAAUGUUUACCCAGAAGUCAAAUUUUCAAACGCACGUAAGGACUCACACAGGGGAGAAGCCAUUCAGGUGCACCACGUGCGGGAAAAUGUUUACCCAGAAGUCAAGUUUACAAACGCAUGUAAGGACUCAUACAGGGGAGAAGUCAUUCAGAUGCACCACGUGCGGGAAAAUGUUUACCCAUAAUUCACAAUUGCAAACGCACGUAAGGACUCAUACAGGGGAGAAGCCAUUCAGAUGCACCACGUGCGGGAAAAUGUUUUCCCGGAAGUCACAUUUGCAAGAUCAUAUGAGGACUCAUACAGGGGAGAAGCCAUUCAGAUGCACCACGUGCGGGAAAAUGUUUACCCAUAAGUCAAAUUUUGAAACGCAUGUAAGGACUCAUACAGGGGAGAAGCCAUUCAAAUGCACCACAUGCGGGAAAAUGUUUACCCAAAAGUCAAAUUUACAAGUGCACAUAAGAACUCAUACAGGGGAGAAACCAUUCAGAUGCACCACAUGCGGGAAAACGUUUACCCGGAAGCCAGAUUUACUAAGGCACGGAAGGACUCAUACAGGGGAGCAGCCAUUCAGAUGCACCACAUGCGGGAAAACGUUUACCCGGAAGCCAGAUUUACUAAGGCACGGAAGGACUCAUAUACAUGGGAGAAGCCAUUCAGGUGAUGCGAUUGUGGAAAUGGGUUCGGCUCAAAAUGUCAUCUCAAACGACAUGUCAUGA